CCAGCUCGGCGGCCCUCGUCGACUAAAACAUGGCUGCGGCGCGGCGGCGUCUCCCCUCGGCGCUCCCGCUCCUCGCCCUGCUGCUCUGCACCCCGGCGGCCCCCAGUCACGCCAGCCGGGAUCCGGACCGCCGGUUCGCCGAAUACAAGCGCUGCGCCGACCCCGAAUGUAGCAUGCUAAUGUGUCGAGGAAAGGCAGUAAAGGAUUUUAAAGGUCCAGAUUGUCGUUUUGUAGAUUUUAAAGAAGGUGAAUCGAUAUAUGUAUAUUAUAAAUUAACCGGAAGAACAAAUGAGCUUUGGGCUGGAAGUGUUGGAAAUGAAUUUGGAUAUUUUCCCAAGGAUUUACUUGAAAUAAAUCAUAUUUAUACUCAUGAUGAGCUAGAAUUACCAACAGAUGAAACAGAUUUUGUUUGCUUUGAUGGAGACAAAGAUGAUUUUGACAACUAUAAUGUGAAUGAACUUUUAAAGCUAUCAGAGAACAUGGAAACUAAAGAACCAGAGUUGGAAACAGUAAAGGAAGAAGUGAUUGAUUGGACAGUGUCUGUUGAUCCAGAGAUUGAUAAUGGUUUUGAAGUAGGCUUAAAAGACAAUGAGGACUAUGCCAAAAUUGGUGAACAUGGCAGUUUUCUCCAUAAAAAAAAUGAGAAUGUAGAAGAAGCUCUUGAUUCCAAGGGGGAGAGCCUUGUAAGUAAGGAGACAGACAAUUCUCAGGGAGACAAAAAUGCACAUCAACCUUCAGAAGAAAUGCUGCAGGAAACAUUAAAAGUGCCAAAACAUGAAAGUGCCAAAAAUUAUAACAAGUCUCAGGGUGAAACUAAAUCAGAUUAUGGAGAUAAAAAUGAUGCUGCUUAUACACUUUUAGAUCAAGAAGUAUCAGAAGACUUGAAAACAACAUUUGGCUCAACUGCAGAUGCCCUUGUAUCUGAUGAUGAGACAACUAGCCUUGUUACAUCACCUGAUGAUGACAACUUCAGGGAAGAUCUGGACAUUGAUUCUUACAAUAUAGAGAAGCAACAAGAACCAGAAGCACAAUCAGAAGAAAUUCCUUCAUUAUCAUUUGUAGAAAAAGAAGAAAUCACAUUGUCAGAAGACCCAGAAGCUGAAAAGACGUCAUCUGAUGGUAUAUUUGAAUCAGAAGCAAGCAGCAAUAGUGAUGAUGAUAAUGAUGAUGAAGAUGGUGGUGGUGGUAACGGUGAUGAUAGUACUGGGGAAACUGCUGCAGAACUGCAGCAUGAAACAAAAGAUGAUUCUGUACAUUUAGGGGAUAAUUUUCUUGCAGUUGUCAGUGCAGAUGACAGAACAGUUGAUAAAACUGAUGAUGACAAAAAAGGAGGAGGAGAAGAGGAGGAGGAGGAGGAGGAGGAAGAAGAAGCUUUAUCUAGAAAACAGCAAAAUAUUGAGCAUGUGUUAGCACAUUCAGAUACUUCAUCUGAAGAUGAUCCUGUAAUAUCAGAACAUGAUUUUAUUAAAGAAGAGAUGCAUGAUGUAAAUAUCAGAGACCUUACAGAAGAAACAGAUACAACUCAGUACUAUGCAGAAGAGGAUACAAAAAAUAAAGAAGAACAAACUAGAGAAGAACAACUGCCAAGCACUUCUAUACAUAAUUUGGAUACUUUUUCUAAUUAUGCAGAUGAUCGGCAACCUAAAACAUCUAUGAAAACAGAAGAAACAUUAAGUCCACCUCUAGAUAUCAAAGUUGACCCAGAAAGCCUUUCUUUAGAUAAAAUAGUAAAAGAUAAUGAAAGAGGAGAAGAAAAAAGUGAGGACAAUAACUUGGAAAAAAUGGACAAAACAGAUAAGAAAGGUAAUCAGCCAAUGAAUAUAGUACUAGAUUUGUCAGAAGACCUAAUGAAUAAGUCGCUAAGUGAUAUGGAUGAUCCUGAAUUUUUAGAAGGAAAAACAAAGUAUGACACAAAGGAAGAUAAAGAAGAUUUUGAAUUAAGAAAGAUUUUCAGUAGUAAGGAGCAGUUAAAUGGCUCUGCAAUGGGAAAUAUUUCCAAUGAGAAAAAUACGGAAGUCCCUAUUGAACAGUCUCAACAAGAAACUGCAAUGCAGGAUUUAGAAAAUGAAGAGGAUGACCUUACCAGUAGCAAGAAAACAUUUGAGAAAAAAACUGUUCUAGAAAAAUCUAAGAGAAUUACACAACAUAGAAACCUUACUCAACAUACCAUUGAUUCAAAUGAAGCUGAUUACUUAAAUACAGAAAAAUCACUCACAGAAGAACUUCAGCCCAUAGACCUAGAAGCUGAAGAUGAUGAUUUUGUAGAAGAAACAGAAGAGGAGUUACUACAAGAUGAAAAUGCUGAAAGUGCAAAAUUAUCUAAGGAGCAACUUAUAGAUGAUCAGAGUUUCAAAUCAGAUACUGAAAUUCCAAGUCCUCAGCUGCAAAUGCCAAAUAAUGCUAUUUUAAAAACUGCUAAUCCUGUUGAUGAAACAGGAGAAGAAGCAAUGACACUUGAUCAGGCUGAGCAAGAAGAUAUGGGGGAAGAACUUAAUGAGCCCAGUGAUGAAGCAGUGCAAAUACAUUACAAUUCUCAACAGAAUAAAAUGAGGGGAAAUGAAGACAAGGAAGGGAAGAUGAAGUCAACAAUAUUGUCUGAAAUUAAAACAUCUCUGCAUGAGAAAAAAACUAUACAUGAUAAAAUAAUGCCAAGCAACUUAAACAUUUCUGAACCAGAAGAAAGGGAUUAUGAUUUCAGUCAAAGGAAUGAGCACCUUGCUACAGAUUUUGCAGAAAAGGGCCUUAAAGUUCCACAGAUCUCAGAAAACCAGUUCCAGCACUUUCAUGAUUCCAGAGAUGUGAUGGAAAACCCAAAUGAACUUACAGAGCCAGAAUAUAGUGAGUCUGUGACUCAGCUUCUUAUAAUGAAAGAGUUUCUUGAUGAAAAACGUAUUGCACGUUUACAAAAGUAUCUUGGGCAACAGCAUCUUUUCAGAAUAGAGUAUUUGUUUCAUGACAUGGAAUUAGAGCUGAUGCUUGCUCAGAAACAUAGUGAUAAUCAAGAGGACACUGAAAAAGCUUUGGAUCAGAUCCUUGAAUCUUCAGAGUCUAAUAUUCUGGACCUUCUGAACAAAGUUUUAGAUUCAAGGGAGUUAGAAAAUAAAGAGGAGAUUAAAGAAACAGACUUGUUUGAUGAAGAAGCUGCUUUAAUGGAUGAUAUUCAGGAGCUAAUGUAUUCAUUAAGGCAAAAAUACUCUCCAGUUAGCGAGAGUGCCCCACUUGCAUCCCUUCCGAACAUGGGGAUGGACUUCCCUGAUCCCAUUAAAGCUAAUGGAAAACAAACAGAAUAUGACAGACAUACUGUGGAAACCCUGGUGGAGGGCAUAGAUCAAAAGUUUCCUCAAGACAUAGAGCAGAUACUUGAAAAAGAAGAAAUUGUUCAACUGGAUCAAUUAAAAGAAGAAAGGAACAUUUUGACAGAGACUGAAAUUGUGGUUAAUAUGGAAAACAAGGAUGUUCCUGAGAGUGACAGAAGCUUGCCAAAUAUGGAUAUUGUCUUUGGAUCAGUUGAUUCAGGAUCUAAAAAAGACUUCAUUUCAGGUCAAAUUAAUGCUAAGGAUGAUGCAAUGCAAGAAGAUAGUAAUCUAUCAGAAGGAAACUCUGCUGCUCCAUACAUUCUUUCUAUCUUGGAUGGUGUAGUCGUGUCAGCCAAAGAAAAUAUGCAACCCAUCACAGAAAUUCUGGUUUCAACACUGCCUGAAAACAUGCAGCCUGGCCCUGAUUUCCAUGGAUUUCCUUGGGAGCCUAUUAUUAUCACUGCCUUUGCUGGAAUUGCUACACUUGCUAUUUUCUUCUGGAGAACCUGUCUAUCUGUUAAGAGCAGAAUGUAUCAGGUGACAGAAGCACAGCUAGUAGAAAAAAUCAAGACUCUUUUGAAAGAAAAGACAGAAAUAUUAGAAAAGUUGUCAGAAUAUGAUCAAAAGAUAAAGGAAAGGGUAAAGGAAGCUGUAGAGGAAGGCCAGAAAGAAAAUACAAACCUUGCAGAGGAAAUUGCAAAGCUUAAGGACACAAAUAAUCUUCUGGAUAAAAGAAUGAAAAACUUAAACACCAUGCUAGAAGUGGAGAGAAAGCACAGUUUGAAGAAACAGGAAGAAAUUAUGGAAGCACAGAAGUCUUUGGAGAAACUCCAGGAAGUCAUUACUUUGCAUUCUGUAGAGCUCUCUGAGGUUCAGAUAGCUCUUAAUGAAGCUAAAUUAAGUGAAGAAAAAGUGAAGUCUGAACUGCAUCGUAUGCAAGAAGAGAAUAUAAGAUUGAAGAAGAGUAAGGAGCAACUGCUGCAAGAAGCAGAGGGCUGGAGUGAAAGGCAUGCUGAACUCAGUGAACAGAUAAAGUUAUAUCAGAAGUCUCAGAAAGACAUUGAAGAAGCACUUGCCUAUAAGGAAAAUGAAAUUGAGGUUUUGACUAACUGCAUAAUGCAGCUGAAGCAACUUGAUGCAGAUUCUGAGUCAGAAGGCAAAAGAGAGGAAGGAAAUGACCUGGCCAAUGGAGAGAUCUCAGAUUCCAGGAAUGAAAAGAUGAAGACUCAGAUUAAACAGAUGAUGGAUGUUUCAAGGGUAAAAACAACAUUAUCUAUCAUUGAAGAAGAAAGAGAUCAGUUACGUUCCAAACUAAAUGAUGAAGUAGCAGCAAGACAUGAAUUAGAAGAGCAAAUCAAGAAACUGGAGCAUGAUUCAUGUUCCUUACAGACAGUAAAAUCUCAGCUAGAAAGUGAGUGUAAAAUGCUGCAACAGAAAGUAGAGAUUCUCAAUGAACUUUAUCAGCAGAAAGAGAUGGCACUUCAAAAGAAAUUGACACAAGAAGAGUAUGAACGUCAAGAGAAAGAGCAGAAGCUCUCUGCUGCAGAUGAAAAGGCAGUCCUAGCUGUUGAAGAAGUUAAAAUUUACAAGCAGAGGAUUCAGGAAAUGGAGGAAGAAUUGCAAAAAACAGAGCGGUCUUAUAAAAAUCAGAUUGCUGCUCAUGAGAAGAAGGCCCAUGACAACUGGCUCAUAGCACGUUCUGCAGAGAGGGCAUUAGUUGAAGAAAAAAGGGAAGCUGCCAGCUUGAGACAAAAAUACAUAGAGGUGAAUCAAAAAAUAGCUGGACUUCAGAGACCAGUAAUUGUGAAACCAACUGCAGGCCGGCCAGACCAUCAAACUCUCCCUCGCAGAGGUCCAUUAAGUCGGGAUGGAUCUUUUGGGCCUUCACCUGUGAGUGGUGGAGCUCCUUCCCCACCACUGAUGAUGGAACCCCCUGGACGACCUCUUUCUGCCAAUCCAAGAGACGGGUCAAGAGGUGAACUUAAUACUAUGAUUGAUGGCCCUCCAGUCCCAAAAAGACAUUCUGAGCUUUCAGGAAGAAUGUCUGCUCCAGAUCUUGGCCCUACUGUAGCAGCAAUGAUCAACUGUGGGCCAAGAACAUCUUCUCCUUCAUCUGCAGUUCUUGAUGGAAUGGUUAACAUAGGUUCUAAAGGCCCACCAUCUUUCCCGGGGGGCUCCAUAAUGACAUCCCCAGCAGUUGGGCCUUUGCCACCUCCUAUUCGAUUUGGACCACCACCCCGUGUGCCCUAUGGACCUCGGCCUCUUCCUCUCUCUUUAGUCCGUGGAGCUCCUCCACCACCUAUUCCUAGAGAUUAUCCACCUGGCCCUCCAUUUGGAAUGCGAGAUUUUCCUCCUGGUCCACUGCCACCUCCUGAGCAGAGAGGAUAUAUCUGUGGGCCGCCUCCUUUCCGGCCACCUCCCCCCAGAGAUUAUCCUCCAGGUCCUCGACUACCUCCACAAGGUUUAAGGGACUAUCCUCCUCCUGUCAGAGACUUGCCACCUACAAGGCCCAGUGACUACCACGAAAGUCCUCCCUGUUCUCAGUCUCCAUCUAGCUCACAAGACUCUGCACACCUUCCUGAACAGAAACCAUGACUUCAGAUUUCUGGACUGAUCUCUAUCACGUUUCAUGUGGUGAGGAUUUCAGUGGCUUCAACAGGACUGUUUCUUCUAGAUUUGGUUUCAGUAUAGCUUUCUUUUUCCUUUUCUUUUUUGCUAAAAUAAUUUCUCUAGUAAUGUGCAUUUUGAUCACCUUUAAAUCAGGACUUGUUCAUCCUCUUUGGAUGCACAUAGAAUGUUUCUGUGAUGAGCCUGAAGCCUGCUUUUACAGCUGUGGCCAACUCGCAGCUCUCAACGUGCAAUAUAUAAGAAAUACCUGUAUGGUUAGUUUUUAAUUAAUGUAGCCUAUGUAAUGUUGUUAAAUGAUUUAAAAUUAUAAUCUGAACAUUUCCUGUGGAAAUAGCUUCAGUAAGAAAUGCUACCAUUCAUAUAUAGCCUACAGUCACUGUAGACAAAUGGUUUACAUAAAGAAAGAUUCUAAUGCAUACCUUUUUAAAGCAUCUGGUGUGAAAGUACCAGAAGAAAGCUACAUGUAUAUUGGAAGGACACAUCUACUAAUAAAGCAAGAUUCUUUUUUGCUAUGUA